AUUUAAAAGGUAAGUGCCGUUGACGCGGGAUGCAAACUUUGCUUUAAAUUCAUAUCUUUGUGUUCUAUUGCUCUGAAUUUUCGUUGUUCUGUAAUGUCAAGCAAUUCAUUGCAUUGAAAUAACAUUCAAGGGUUUUUCAGAACCCUACUAUGUAACCAGUUGAUUAAGUAAUGGCACUGCUUGAACGGAAAUUACCAAAUUGGGAUCGGUACACACACAGUCAUAAGAUUGACAUCGAUGUAAUCAGAGGAAGUUAUCCUGGCGAACUGAGCCCUCACCACAGACAUUGAAGGGAAAUACCAAACGGAAUUCAUCAAAGUGGAGGCAGCAGACAAGCGAAUUAUUCUGGACGAUUGCGCAAUUGAAAUGCGGUUUACAGCUUUUUCCACUGGGGAUUUUUGGAGCUAUUUGUCACUCCUAUUCGGUGAUGCCCAUGAGGAAAAAGUUGAAACCCCGCUUGUAACAGCAGCUGCUGCCCACUCUCGUUUAACUCGUUGGACAUCCCGCUCACGAUCUUAGCGCUCCAUAAGUUAACUGCUGGCCCGUUUCUCUUGGUUCAACAUCGUCCGACGAAGACGACAUCCAGCGAAAGACCAUUGGCCAGGCUGCGUCAUCAGACGGUGUUUUUUAUAAAUCCCAACAGAAAUUGCAACACUAGUGCGCGAUAUUUUAAUUAUUAAUUCGUAUCGUGGCGUUGAAGAAAUUUCAACAACGGAAAAUGGAGUCUCUAGCUGGCGAAGGUACACUGGGAGAUGAAAAGCAGCAAGUGAAUGAGGAAUUGUUGCUGAAGCAGAUUACAGAUCUCGUUAUCAACCAACGAUUGUUGUCUGGUAAGGCUAACGUAGAAGAUCGAGUAGUGAAUUUUAUUCAUCCCGAAGAACUUAAGGAGUUGGUGGAUCUCUCCCUAGGUGGCAGCGCUUUAAAUCACGUUCAAAUUUUGGAACUUUGUAAACAAGCUGUGGAAUACAGUGUCAAAACCAACCAUCCCAAGUUUCUGAAUCAGUUGUAUCAUGCAUGCGAUCCUGUUGGACUUGCAGGAGCCUGGCUGACUGAAGCUCUCAAUACCAACUUGCACACAUUUGAAGUAGCACCAUUUUUCCUGAUGGUCGAAUGUGCAGUCUUAGCACACCUAAGAGGUUUCAUUGGGUGGGAAGAUGGUGAUGGAAUAUUUGCCCCUGGAGGUAGCAUUUCAAAUAUGUAUGGGAUAGUUCUUGAUCGUUACAAGAAGUUCCCUGAAGUUAAAACAAAAGGAGUGGGCAGCAUAGGAGAAUUAGUGGCAUUUACUUCGGAAGAGAGUCAUUAUUCUUUGGCCAAAGCAGCUCAUUGGAUUGGCUUGGGAACUGACAAUCUUAUCAUUGUCGCCUCUGACAGUUCUGGAAAAAUGAUACCCGCUGAGUUGGAAAUUAAGAUUGUCAAAGCUCUGGAACAGAAGAAAAUUCCUUUUUUCAUCAACGCAACAGCUGGGACCACAGUUCUAGGAGCUUACGAUCCUUUAGAGCCUUUGGCGCUUGUAUGCAAAAAAUAUGACGUUUGGCUUCACGUCGAUGCUGCUUGGGGCGGAGGCGCACUAGUCUCUCAGAAAUACCGUUUCCUGAUGGACGGCAUCCAAUUGGCUGAUUCUGUGACUUGGAAUCUUCACAAAAUUCUCGGGGCCCCUUUACAAUGUUCAGCUUUCUUAACGAAACUCAAGGACAAGGAUAUUCUGAAUCGAUGCAACAGUGCCUCGGCCACCUGUCUGUUCCAGACAGAUAAAUUCUACGAUGUGCGCUACGAUAUUGGUGAUAAGAGCGUUCAGUGUGGCCGUAAGGUAGACGCUUUUAAACUAUGGUUAAUGUGGAAAGCUCGUGGCGAUCGAGGUCUGGAAGAAAUGGUUGAUAAUUCCUUUGAAUGCGCCGAGUAUUUCUCACGUCAAAUCGCUCAACGUUCAGAAUUUCGGCUAGUCCUUUCAGAACCUAAUUGCACGAACGUUUGCUUUUGGUACAUUCCACAUCAGUUGAGGAAUUGUCAGGAAUCUCCCGAAUGGUGGGAACAAAUUUCCAAGGUUGCUCCUGCAAUCAAGAAACGAAUGGUGGAGAAAGGAUCUCUCAUGAUUGGCUACCAGCCUUUGCCUCAUAAGAAUUUAGUCAACUUUUUCCGUUUAGUCAUCCCUUGUCAGCCACGUCCUACUCACGAAGAUAUGGAUUUCGUAAUCGACGAGAUUGAAAGAUUGGGAUGCGACUUGUAAAACCUCUCAACUAAAUCUUCCUUUGCUGGACAGUAUCUUUUUAAAAUUGAAAACAACAUCAAUAGAGUAAAAAUAUGUUAUCGAUGUUGCUAGACGGCAAAGUCCUUCUUUUCCUCUUGACUUUCAAGAGGGUUCUGGGGAUGGGGAUAUUAGGGCGGGUCUUCGGUCUACUUGGGAAUCGUGCAAAUUUUACUUUGAUCUUUUCUGUGGUGGGUUUUUCGUGGUUUGGAUUUAGGGAAGCAAUAAUUUAACUAAUUUUGCUUUGGAUAUAAUCUAGUUUUUGGUAAAACAAUAGAAAACAUUUUACUUGU